AUGCCGUACAAGGCGCCGACAGCAGCCAAGCCAACAAAGGCCAUUUUCGACCCGUUCAACUCGAGCGCCACCGGCCACCAGCGAGCAGACAAUACUUUGAGCGGAAGCACAUCAUGGCGGGACUCGCGACACAAAAAGCUGCGCGAACAGUUUUCAGCAGGCGCGGGCGGUGGCAAGAGAGUCAGUGAUACUGUCGGCGCUGGCAGCCUCGAUUUUGGGAAGGAUGACCUUCUCUCGCCCAUCGACCCUCUUGAUUCGCCCCAGCAAACGCAAGCUGAGGAUACGAAGGCUGAAUUAGCAGAUGAGGAACUUGGAGAUGAUACCGAAACCGAAACCUCCAGAUCGAUACCGCCUCAGAUCUUCAACAACCUAUGCUUCUACAUCAACGGUUGUACAGCACCAGUGUCUGAUCACAAGCUUAAACACAUCAUCAGUACUCACGGCGGGAACAUGUCAAUAGCGCUGGGCAGGCGGACAGUCACGCAUGUCAUUCUCGGCAAACCGAACGCGAAUGGUAGUGGCUGCGGAGGCGGUCUGGCUGCAAGUAAGAUCCACAAAGAGAUCACACAGAUGCGUGGAAAGAGCGCCAAGUUCAUCACCGCGGAUUGGGUCACCGAAAGCAUCAAGGCCGGCAAGAGAUUGCCAGAAAGCAGAUUUGAAGCCAUGAAGUUGGCGCCGAAAGGCGUUGCGAACAUUAGCACUAUGUUUAGGCCGAAAGAGAAGGCAUAA